CUAAUAUGCAGCAAGCUAAUACGAAAGCUGGGCAGCUGGGAGAAAGAAAAACACGCGAACGCAAAUAAUCACAUAACCUCCUAAAGAAUACAAAAACACGAAAGAAAUUUCGACGAAUAAAAUGAGUAGUCUUUACUCCAUUUAUAAAGUGAAUACGUGAAGGAAUUUUAAAAAUGAGAAUGAACCGAACCGAUCAAGAAACUCGGUAUUGUUAACUCUAUUUGAAAUAGACUUAACCUAAAACAACAGUUUUCCAAAAACAACACCUGUCGAAACACUGACAUCGAUCGAAAAUAACACGAACUUUAGUUAGUUUAAAAAGUUACGGAAAGUGAGGGCAAAAUGUCAAAGUUCGUGACUUCUCAACCAAAUACGAAAUAAAUGAAAACUAUAGGGAAAUAAUCAAACAUUUAACUUAAAUUUUUAACUGUCAACGUUAACAGUUAGUGUAGGAAAAAGUACACAAACAAUGGCUGGACAACAGCAUCCAUUUCCUUCGGGGUUCCCAGGGCCGCAGCAAUCCUCUAUGAGAAAUCAAUUUGGAGGAGGGCAAAUGGUUACUGGGUUGAUGGGAGCCCAGCAAGCAGGCAUUAUGAAUCCUCAACAAUUUGGUGUAGGCGUAGGUGUGGGUGGUGGUGUAGGUACAGGUGCCAUGGGCAUGCCCAGUGCACAGCAAGUUUUAGCUCAACAGCAGCAACAAAUGGCCCAACAAUCCGCCAUGCAACAACAAAUGCAACAAAUGCAGCAACAGCAACAACAGAUGCAGAUGCAACAGCAGCAGCAACAGACUGCUCACGUGCAACAGAGCAAUCAAGGCGGUGGACAAGCGACGACUCCGCAAACUCCUGUGCCUCCGAGCCAGCCUCCGGCGCAACAACAGCAAAAUAAAGAAUUCAACACUGUCAGCCUGUGCAAAUUUGGGCAGGAAACUGUUCAGGAUAUCAUCAGUAGAGCACUUGAAAUAUUUCAAACUCUUAAAGUUUUACAACCUCCCAAUGGUACUGCGCAGGGAGCCAAUUUAGCAAAUGAGAAAAAAGCCAAAGUGAUCGAACAGUUAAGAAUGAUUAAAUUGCUGUUUAGACGCCUCAGAUUAAUUUACGAAAAGUGCAAUGAAAAUUGCCAGCUUCAAGGUAUGGAAUAUACCCACAUAGAAAGUCUCAUACCAUUGAAGGAGGAGUGGGACAUGAAAUCAGAUGAGAAAAAGACGUCAGAAGCGUAUCGCUUGGCAUGUGAGGAAAGCAAAGACGCGAUGGAGCAAGUAAUUUCUAAAAAUCGUCAUCUCAAGGAAGUCAUCGACCACCUCAGACGAAUAAUAUCGGAAAUAAAUACCAUGCUGAAUAUGCGUCGAUCUUAAAUAAUAAUUUUGUACAUAGAACAAUAUAAGUCAUUGGAAUGUGAAAAAAUUAAAUAUUGAUAUUUGAUUCAAA